AUCCAAAUCAAAUCCUAACUUCAUCCCUAUCAAUUAAAGAAGCCUUGUAGUGUGUACGAAGAAGAAUGUGGAGGCUGAAGGUUGGAGAGCGUGGAAAUGACUCUUUUGCCUUCAGCACAAACGACUUCGUGGGGAGACAAACAUGGGAGUUUGACGCAAAUGCCGGUACACCUGAAGAGCGAGCCGAGGUUGAAGAGGCCCGUCUAAAUUAUUACAAGAACCGCCGUAAGAUCAAGCCCUGCAGCGAUCUCCUAUGGCGGAUGCAGAUUUUAAGAGAGAAAAAUUUCAAACAAACAAUUCCCCAAGUGAAGGUUAAGGAGGGUGAGGAAAUUACAUAUGAAACUGCCACAACCACGUUGAGGAGGGCAGCCCACUUCUUUUCAGCUUUGCAGGCCAGCGACGGCCAUUGGCCUGCUGAAAUUUCUGGCGUAUUAUUUGCCCUUCCUCCCUUUAUCAUGUGUCUAUACAUUACAGGGCAUCUUACUACUACAUUCACUGCAGAACAUCGUAAAGAAGUCCUUCGAUAUAUAUACAAUCAUCAGAACGAAGAUGGUGGGUGGGGACUACACAUAGAGAGUCACAGCAAUAUGUAUUGCACAACUUUCCACUACGUUUGUAUGCGUAUUCUUGGAGAAGAAGUUGAUGGUGAUGCUUGUGCAAGGGCGCGGAAGUGGAUUCUCGACCAUGGUGGUGUAACCCUUAUACCAUCUUGGGGAAAGAUUUGGCUUUCGAUACUUGGUGUCUACGAAUGGUAUGGAUGCAAUCCGAUUCCCCCAGAGUUUUGGAUAUUUCAUCCAUUUCUUCCAAUUGAUCCUGCAAAAUUGUGCUGCCUUCUUCGGAUACCUUAUUUUCCUAUGUCAUACUUGUACGGGAAGAGGUUUGUUGGCCCUAUAACACCUCUCAUUUUACAAUUGAGAGAAGAGCUCUACAUUCAACCUUACGACAAUAUUAAUUGGUGGAGAGCACGCCACUUAUGUGCGAAGGAGGAUCGCUAUUAUUCUCAUAGUUGGAUGAAAGAUUUAGUUUGGGAUAGUCUUUACAUACUCAUUGAGCCUGUUUUUACUUGUUGGCCUUUUAACAAGUUGAGAAAUAAGGCUCUUCAAGUAGCGAUGCAACACAUUCAUUACGAAGAUGAGAAUUGUCGGUAUCUUGCCAUUUCAGGGGGGGCAAAGCCAUUAUGUAUGCUCGCUUGUUGGGUUGAAGAUCCACAUGGGGAUUACUUUAAGAAGCAUCUUGCUAGGAUACAUGAUUUCUUAUGGAUUGCAGAAGAUGGAAUGAAGAUGAAUACUGCUGGCCAGGUUUGGGAUGCUAGUUUUUCCAUCCAAGCUUUGCUUGCUAUUGAUCUCAGUGAUGAAAUUGGACAAACACUAAUGAAAGGACACGACUUCUUAAAGAAAUCCCAGGUCAAGGAUAAUCCUUCUGGCGACUUCAAAAGCAUGUUUCGUCACAUUUCUAAAGGGGCAUGGACUUUCUCUGAACAAGAUCAAGGUUGGCAAGUUUGUGAUUGCACUGCAGAAGGUUUAAAGUGUUGUUUGUUGCUAUCUAUGCUUCCAUCAGAAAUUGUUGGUGAGAAAAUGGAUCCUGACCGGUUCUACGAUUCGGUCAAUGUCAUACUUUCUCUGCAAAGUAAAAACGGUGGCGUGACAGGCUGGGAGCCAGCAGGUGGGGCAUCGUGGUUAGAGCUGGUUAAUCCUGCAGAAUUUGUUGAGGACAUUGUCACUGAGCAUGAGUAUGUUGAGUGCACUUCAUCAGCAAUACAGGCAAUAGUUUUGUUCAAGAAAUUAUAUCCAGGGCACAGGAAAAAAGAGACCGAAAUUUUCAUCUCAAAUGCUGUACAGUACCUUGAAGAUACACAAAUGCCUAAUGGUUCAUGGUAUGGAAAUUGGGGAAUUUGCUUCAUAUAUGGAACUUGGUUUGCACUCGAAGGGGUAGAAGCUGCUGGCAAGACUUAUCAUAACUCUCUUGCUAUGCGCAAAGGCGUACAAUUUCUACUCAAAACACAAAAUGAAGAUGGCGGUUGGGGGGAGAGCUAUCUUUCAUGCCCAAACAAGGAAUAUAUCCCUCUAGAAGGAACAAAUUUGGUGCAAACUGCGAUGGCUUUGAUGGGGCUAAUUCAUGCUCAGCAGGCAGAGAGAGACCCUACUCCUCUUCAUCGUGCGGCAAAGCUGUUGAUCAAUUCUCAAAUGGAGAAUGGUGAUUUCCCUCAACAGGAACUCGUCGGAGCCGUUCUGAAGAAUUGCAUGUUGCACUAUGCACUUUUUAGGAAUACUUUCCCGAUGUGGGCACUUGCGGAAUAUCGUAAUCAUGUUUCACUGCCCACCAAAUCCCUUUAAAACUAUAUAUUUUGUGGAUUAUAGAUGAAGGAAGGACAUUCUUUCAACCAAACUUGAUCUAAAAAUUGCAACAUAGCUAACUUGGCUAGUCGGUGGGCUGCUUUGUUAGCAUCCCGCCGAGUGUCUUACUUCAUAUGUCUGCAAACUAUGUAUCCUUAUCUUAGUAU